CGUCUUUUUUCGUGUUACUAUGUAUAAACCACCUGCAGGAAUGAUAGAAGAACAAAACAUUGUUCUAUUUUAUCCUGUCUUUGGUAAAAUGCUUGUCUGUGGAGGUGACUGGCUCCCAGGGCACGCCCAGACGCCGCUGCACUUCUUUCACUGACAACAUAACAUGUUGUACGUUGCGACGAUGAAAUCGUAUCCAGGCAUAUUUAACCUGAAACAAAUCGAAAUAAAGACGAAUGGAAAACUGUUGAGAUGAAUUUGAAGCGCGUCUCAUGAAUUUGCUCACAGCCAUUUCGAGGCACUGGUUUCUCUAGGGAAGGGUGGAAGCCUUCUACCCGGUCACCAGGUGACUGAGCUCCGUUGGUGCCAAGAGGAUUGAGUGAUUGGUGUCUGAAGGAGCGUUUAACGGCUGGACGGCUGGGCUGUGCUGAUGUCGUCGUUGAUACGUUUUUUUUUUAACUCGUGGGAGUUGUCGGUGCCACCUUUCUUGCUGUUGGUCCCGGAGAGACUGAGACGAUUUGUGGUGAUACAAGUGCUCGUCAGGAGCCUAUGAAACGCAAAAGUGUCGCUUUCUUGUCUGGAUGACGCGGAGACAUCAACAUGGCGACGGCAGCCAUAGCUGCAGCUACGGCCUCGUCGACUCUUUUACUGAAACGUCGACUCACUUAGCUCCCUGUCCCAGCUGAGCCCUUCACUGUCCUAUAAAGAAGCAGGAUGACAAGAUGGCACAGCUGCUUGUACCGCCCGGACCUGACAGCUUCCACCCCUUCGUCCCUGAGUCGCUGGCGGCCAUUGAAAGGCGCAUCGCAGAAGAAGCGGCCAAGAGACCAAAGGCAGACCGACGCAGUGACAGCGACGAUGAAAAUGGCCCAAAGCCCAACAGUGACUUGGAGGCAGGGAAAUCUUUGCCCUUCAUCUAUGGGGAUAUCCCUCCCAAGUUGGUGUCCACACCUCUGGAGGACAUGGACACCUACUACAGCAAUCAGAAGACCUUCAUAGUAUUGAAUCGUGGGAAGGUAAUCUUCCGUUUUAACGCCACCCCUGCCUUGUACAUCUUAAGCCCUUUCAACCCUCUGAGAAGGAUAGCUAUCCGAGUUUUGGUACACUCAAUGUUCAGUGUGUUGAUCAUGUUCACCAUCCUGACCAACUGUGCUUUCAUGACCCUCAGUAAUCCCCCGGACUGGGCCAAGAAUGUAGAGUACACAUUCACUGGAAUUUACACGUUUGAGUCACUUAUAAAAAUCCUGGCCAGGGGCUUCUGUGUGGGAAAGUUCACUUUUCUUCGAGACCCUUGGAACUGGCUGGAUUUUAGUGUUAUUCUUAUGGCAUAUGUCACAGAGUUUGUGGACCUGGGCAAUGUCUCAGCACUGCGAACCUUCAGGGUUCUGCGAGCCUUGAAAACUAUAUCAGUCAUCCCAGGCUUGAAAACCAUUGUGGGCGCCUUGAUCCAGUCAGUUAAAAAGCUGUCGGAUGUGAUGAUCCUUACCGUGUUCUGCCUCAGUGUCUUCGCCCUUAUUGGUCUCCAACUCUUCAUGGGCAACCUGAGGCAGAAGUGCGUCCGCAUGCCUGUUGCCGGCAAUGCCAGCAACAGCAGCAGCAAUGAAAUGGAUGAUAGCAUGUUUAUCAUCAACGCAACAGUGGAUUUCAACACCGUGUUUGGAAUGAAUGUGUCUGAGAGCCCCUUCAACUGGACAGAGUACAUGCGUGAUGAAGAUAAUUACUAUUACCUCCCCGGCCAUAAAGAUGCUCUUCUCUGUGGGAAUGGCAGCGGCGCUGGGCUCUGCCCAGAGGGCUUUUCAUGUAUCAAGGCUGGUCGCAAUCCAGACUACGGCUACACAAGCUUUGACACCUUCAGCUGGGCCUUUCUCUCUCUGUUUCGGCUCAUGACCCAGGACUACUGGGAGAAUCUAUACCAGCAGACUCUGCGAGCUGCAGGGAAACCAUACAUGAUCUUCUUUGUGCUGGUGAUCUUCCUUGGCUCCUUUUAUUUAGUAAACCUGAUCUUAGCCGUUGUUGCCAUGGCUUAUGAAGAGCAGAACCAGGCGACCAUCGAGGAGGCUCAGCAGAAGGAGGAGGAGUUCCAGGCCAUGUUGGAGCAGCUGAAGAGACAGCAAGAGGAGGCUCAGGUUGCUGCAGCAGCAGCUACAGCCACGGAGAGCGGAGAGUACAGCGGGCGAGGAGGCCCCACCUCUGAGUCAUCCUCAGGGACGUCUAAGCUGAGCUCAAAAAGCGCCAAGGAGCGACGCAACAGGCGCAAGAAGAGGAAACAGCGGGAGGAGGAGGAAGAGAGAGAAGGACGGAAGUUCCACAAGUCUGAGUCUGAAGACAGCAUCAAAAGAUCUAGCUUCCGCUUCUCUAUUGAUGCCAAUCGGCUCUCUUAUGAGAAGCGCUGUUCUUCGCCCAACCAGUCGUUGCUCAGUAUUCGUGGAUCCCUGCUAUCUCCUCGAAGGAACAGCCGCACCAGCCUCUUUAGCUUCCGUGGCCGGGCACGUGACAUGGGCUCGGAGAACGACUUUGCUGAUGAUGAGCACAGCACCUUUGAAGAAAGCGACAGCCGACGUGGGUCUUUAUUUUUGCCACGUCGCGUUGAGCGCCGCUGCAGUGUGGUCAGCCAAACCAGCCUGGGAGUGCCGAGGGUCAUACUGCCAGCCAACGGAAAAAUGCACUGCUCUGUGGACUGCAAUGGUGUGGUGUCCCUUGUCGGUGGAACUUCAGUCACAACCUCCCCUGUAGGUCUCCUGCUGCCUGAGGGAACGACUACAGAUACUGAUCUGAGAAAAAGGCGGUCAGGAUUUCUUCAGCCGUCCAUGGACUAUCUGGAUGAACCUGGAGCCCGCCAGAGAGCCAUGAGUGCAGCUAGUAUUCUCACCAAUACCAUGGAAGAACUGGAAGAGUCUAGACAGAAGUGCCCCCCCUGCUGGUACAGAUUUGCCAAUACCUGUCUGAUCUGGGAUUGUUGUCCAGCGUGGUUGAGAAUAAAGGAAAUUGUCAAUAUGGUGGUGAUGGACCCAUUUGUGGAUCUGGCCAUCACAAUUUGCAUCGUUCUUAACACUCUCUUCAUGGCCAUGGAGCAUUACCCCAUGACCGAGGAGUUUGACACUGUGCUCACUGUGGGAAACCUGGUGUUCACAGGCAUCUUCACAGCAGAGAUGUGUUUCAAGAUCAUCGCUCUAGAUCCCUAUUAUUACUUCCAGGAGGGCUGGAACAUCUUUGAUGGCAUCAUUGUCAGUCUUAGCCUGAUGGAGCUUGGUCUGUCUAAUGUGGAAGGCCUGUCUGUGCUCAGGUCCUUUAGAUUGCUGAGGGUAUUCAAACUGGCCAAGUCGUGGCCCACUUUGAACAUGCUCAUAAAGAUCAUCGGCAACUCAGUUGGCGCUCUGGGCAACCUGACUCUGGUGCUGGCCAUCAUCGUCUUCAUCUUUGCUGUAGUGGGCAUGCAGCUGUUUGGCAAGAGCUACAAGGAGUGUGUGUGUAAGAUCAGCAGUGACUGUGAGCUGCCACGGUGGCACAUGCACGACUUCCUUCCCCACCGCUGGCAUAUGAACGACUUCUUCCACUCCUUCCUCAUCGUGUUUCGAAUCCUAUGUGGGGAGUGGAUAGAGACCAUGUGGGACUGCAUGGAGGUGGCAGGUCAGACCAUGUGUCUGAUCGUCUUCAUGAUGGUUAUGGUCAUCGGAAAUCUUGUGGUUCUCAACCUCUUCCUGGCUCUCCUCCUGAGCUCAUUUAGUGCUGACAACCUGGCAGCAACUGACGAUGAUAGCGAGAUGAACAACCUGCAGAUUGCCGUGGGCCGCAUCCAGCGUGGCAUCGCUUUUGUUAAAUCUACAGUGCGCCAGUUCCUCCGCAGCUUCUGCUUUGGCAAAGGCAGUAAGCAAUCUGGACUGGCUGAAGAGAGUAAACCCUUGGAUGAAUUGCACAGCAAUGGAAAAGGAAACUGCAUCUCCAAUCACACUGUUGUGGAGAUCAGCAAAGAUCCAAGUAGAGUGUUCAUGACCGAGGGGAAUGGAAGGCCAGGAGGAGUAGUGGUUGGAGUCAGGACCGGUGGGGACACCACGGUGAAGUACCCUAUAGAGGAAUGUGACUACAUGUCCUUUAUUCACAACCCCAGCCUGACCGUAACGGUGCCCAUUGCUGUUGGGGAGUCAGACUUCGAGAACCUUAACACUGAAGACUUCAGCAGCGACUCCUCAGAUGUGGAGGGCAGCAAAGAGAAGAUUAAUGUAGAGCCGCGGCCUCUGAGCUCAUCAGAGGGGAGCACAGUCGAUAUUCGGCCCCCAGGUGAUGGGGUGGAUUCAGUGGAACUUGAACCAGAGGAGUCCCUUGACCCCGAGCCCUGCUUCACUGAGGGAUGCGUACGCAGGUUCCAGUGCUGCCAGGUCAAUGAGGAUGGGAGCAAUUACAAAAACUGGUGGACACUCAGGAAGACCUGCUUCAUUAUAGUGGAGCACAACUGGUUUGAGUCCUUCAUCAUAUUCAUGAUACUGCUCAGCAGCGGGGCUCUGGCAUUUGAGGAUGUUUACAUUGAACAGCGAAGAACCAUCAAAACUAUGCUAGAGUAUGCAGAUAAGGUCUUCACCUAUGUCUUCAUUUUGGAGAUGCUGCUAAAGUGGGUGGCAUAUGGCUUCGUCAAGUACUUUACCAACGCCUGGUGCUGGCUAGACUUCCUCAUAGUAGACGUUUCUCUUGUUAGCCUGGUAGCCAAUGCUCUGGGCUACUCGGAGCUCAGUGCUAUCAAAUCUCUCAGGACGCUUAGAGCCUUGCGGCCCCUGAGGGCCCUGUCUCGGUUUGAGGGAAUGAGGGUCGUUGUAAAUGCGCUGUUGGGAGCCAUCCCCUCUAUCAUGAAUGUGCUGCUGGUCUGCCUCAUCUUCUGGCUCAUCUUUAGCAUCAUGGGUGUCAACCUAUUUGCAGGGAAAUACUACUACUGCGUCAACACCACAACAGAUGAGCCCUUUCCCAUCACCCAAGUAAACAACAAGACAGACUGCUUAAAUUUGGCCAAUGACAGUGCCCGCUGGAAAAACGUCAAAAUCAACUUUGACAAUGUUGGUGCUGGCUACUUGGCUCUGUUACAAGUGGCCACAUUUAAGGGAUGGACGUUUAUAAUGUAUGCAGCUGUGGAUUCUCGUGAUGUGGAGGACCAGCCAGAUUAUGAAGUGAACUUGUACAUGUACCUCUACUUUGUCAUCUUCAUCAUCUUUGGCUCCUUUUUCACCCUCAACCUGUUCAUUGGUGUCAUCAUCGACAACUUCAACCAGCAGAAGAAAAAGUUUGGAGGCCAGGAUAUCUUCAUGACAGAAGAACAGAAGAAAUACUACAACGCCAUGAAGAAACUGGGUUCCAAGAAACCUCAGAAGCCCAUUCCUCGGCCCACAAACACAUUUCAAGGCUGCGUGUUCGACUGCAUUACAAAACAGGCCUUUGACAUCGUCAUCAUGAUUCUUAUCUGCCUUAACAUGGUGACCAUGAUGGUGGAGACGGAUGACCAGACGCCAGAGAUGGCCCUGAAUCUUUACUGGAUUAACAUGGUCUUCAUUGUGUUGUUCACUGGAGAGUGCGUCCUGAAAAUGAUCUCCCUACGUCACUAUUAUUUCACCAUUGGCUGGAAUAUAUUUGACUUCGUGGUAGUGAUUCUGUCGAUCGUUGGAAUGUUUCUGUCUGAAGUUAUUGAGAAAUACUUUGUGUCCCCAACAUUGUUCCGUGUGAUCCGAUUGGCCAGGAUAGGCCGCAUCCUCCGUCUUAUCAAAGGUGCCAAAGGCAUACGGACUCUUCUCUUUGCCUUGAUGAUGUCACUUCCUGCCCUCUUUAACAUCGGCCUCCUCCUCUUCCUGGUUAUGUUCAUCUAUGCCAUCUUUGGCAUGUCCAACUUUGCCUACGUCGUGCGUGAAGCGGGUAUUGACGACAUGUUCAAUUUUGAGACCUUUGGGAACAGCAUGAUCUGCUUGUUUCAGAUCACCACCUCGGCCGGCUGGGACGGACUCCUGGCUCCAAUUCUGAACAAGAGGGAGCCUGACUGUGACAGCCAGGUCGAGCACCCAGGAAACCCUUACAGGGGCAACUGUGGCAACCCAUCGGUGGCAAUCUUCUUCUUUGUGAGCUACAUUAUCAUCUGCUUUCUCAUAGUAGUCAAUAUGUACAUCGCAGUCAUCCUGGAGAACUUCAGUGUGGCAACAGAAGAGAGUGCUGAGCCGCUGAGCGAAGAUGAUUUCGAGAUGUUCUAUGAAGUGUGGGAGCGCUUUGACCCGGAUGCCACUCAGUUCAUGGAGUACAGCAAGCUUUCAGACUUUGCUGACGCACUCGAUCCACCACUGCGAAUACCCAAACCUAACAUGAUUCAGCUCAUCUCCAUGGACCUGCCCAUGGUCAGUGGUGAGCGCAUCCACUGCCUGGACAUUCUGUUUGCAUUCACCAAAAGAGUGUUGGGUGAAGGUGGUGAGAUGGACAUGCUACGAGGGCAGAUGGAGGAGCGCUUCAUGGCCUCCAAUCCUUCAAAAGUGUCUUAUGAGCCCAUUACCACCACGCUGCGCCGCAAACAGGAGGAGAUGUCGGCCACCAUCAUCCAGAGAGCCUUCCGUAACUACAUGAUCCGUCUCGCGAUGAAGAAAGCCUCCUGUCUUUACAAAGAGCAGCUGAAGGAGGGCGUGCGUGACCCGGACAAGGAUGUCAUGGUCAUCUGCAAGUUUACUGAGAACUCCACCUCAGACAAAACUGACAUGACGGCGUCCACAGCCUCGCCGCCCUCCUACAACAGUGUGACCAAAUCGGACAAGGACAAAUACGAGAAAGAGAACAGAGAAAAGGAAAACAAAGGGAGAGAGGGAAAGAAAUAGACUUUUUUAAAUUUUAGAAAAAGGAACAAAACACACACACACAAAAUGCAUCAGAAACACAUGGGACAUUUGUUUACGGCUUCUAACAAGAAUGGUAAACACAGUAGACUUUGGCUUGGGUGUUGAUUGAGCUGAGAGUUGCUUCACCGGUUAGGCCUCACAGUGGAGAUUAUUAGUUAUAUUGUCAAUGUAUUUCCUCACAGGGCACAAAAAGGAAACAUAAUCCAGCAGACACUGCCAGUGACUGAGUGGAACUUGAUGGGAAAAAAGCCUCUGCAAAUGCUUGUGAUUUUCUAAGUGCUGGUUUCUAUCCAACACACUCCAGUGUACCGUUACGUUGUCUAGCUAGUGCCGCUGCUACUACUAUGAAUCCAGUGUCUUGACUUUAACAGUGAAUGAAAUGACUUCACCAGUAGUCUGCAUUUGUCUUUUUCUGUUUUGUUUUUUAAAGAAUGAAUGCUUUGUACUAUUUUUUAUUAUUUUAAUCUUUUUUUUUCUUAUUGUAAGAACGAGAAUCACCAAAGGUGAGUGAAGGCCAGAACCCAUCACACUGCUGAACAAACAUCCACCCAGAAUAUGAUAGUCUGAAACAUGUCAGCAACGUAAAGUGAGGGUCACGUGUACUGCGCUCAAAUAUGUUUUUCCUUGAGUUUCCAAAUCCAGAGAUGGUGAAUAUAUGCAAACAUUAAUAGCAGAAAGAUGUUUUUUUUU